AUGCUGACCGUAUUCCGGGCGCGAGGCCGCGCUCUGGCCGCUACGCGACAGCCCCAAGCAUCUCGCAGGAGCUCCGUGGCGCUCGUGCCCGCACGAUCGUGGAUGCCUGCCAGUUCGCAACGGACGGCCUUCUCCUCGUCUCCAUUAUCAUCUUCGACGAGUCAAAAUCUAGAUUUUCCUGCUUGUGAUAUUGACCAAAGCGUGGGUCAAAACCUUCUGUACGCCGGGCUGGCGCUGGUGUCGACGGGAAUGGUGUUUACAGAGAUGGAGACGGCUGCAGACGUGAAGGAACCGGCGGAGGAGACGCAGGAGGACCUGGUAGAGAUCGUGAAGCACAUUAACGAGCAUAAAGAGGCUGUUGAAGCUGCAGUGAAGCAGAACGAGAGUAAGAAACGGACCUUGAGGAAGAGAAAAUUGAGUGUGAGAAAUGGCAAGAUGGUGGUGAGCACUGCGGCCGUGCGAGGUGACCGCGCGUACAUGGAAGACACGUCAUAUGUUUCUUCUUGCAAGCGGUUCGCGGCAGUGUACGAUGGUCAUGGUGGCGCUGCGGUGUCGCAAUAUCUACGCGACCAGCUCUUUUCUAUGAUAGGACCAGAGGUGGCACAACUGGAUCAGGAGAUUCUUGCUGAAAUGAAAGGCGAGUCAAGUGUGAUGACAAAAUUGAGUCGACGUCAAAAAAUCGCGACAAUGUUGCGCGAUUCCGUGCACAGACUAGAUCAAGAGGUAAUUGCCAAGAACGAAUGGAAAUUUCAAGGCUCGACUGCGGUCGGGGUGCUCUUGUUUGAAGACGUGCUAUACUCGCUAAAUGUGGGUGACAGUCGCGCGGUGCUGUGUCGGUCGGGAGAUGCAGUGGAACUUACACGGGAUCAUAAACCUAACGAUCCGCAGGAACGUGCUAGAAUCGAGUCUCUAGGUGGUCUUGUGCAGUGGCAUGGCUACGUUGAUGCUCAAGGUGAGCCGAUCGAACCUUACGGAGCAUAUCGGGUGAAUGGCAAUUUGGCAGUGGCGCGAGCCAUCGGAGAUCGUGACUCGCGGCCUUUUGUCAUCGGUGAGGCGGAGAUUCGACAGUACGACAUCGAGUACGAUAAGGACGACUUUAUUGUGAUCGCGUCGGACGGACUCUGGGACGUGUUCACCAGUUGCGAGGUGGUCGAGUUCGUGCAAGAUGUCAUGAGCGGCGAGCUCGGCGGACGCGAGUCCUGGAGCAGCGGCGGUCACAGCGACACUCGCGUUCCUAUUUUCAAAUGGUCGCAGCAGUAUUCGAGCGAUCGCUCCAUGAUUAAAGCUGCCCGCAGGCGGCGGAAGGUGCAGAUCGCCAACUACUUGGUGCAAGAGGCACUCUUUCGCGGCACUUCAGACAACGUGUCUGUGGUGGUGGUGUGGCUUCGUUGA